CCCCGAGGACGUCGCGAGUGUUCUCCUCGCCGCGAGGACGUGAUCGUGCUCUCGUGUUUUCUCUCCGUCUAUCUCGUGCCUACCGUCCUCGUCUGUCUGUCUGUACACGGUGAUGCUACAGCGAUCUGUGCCCGGUGUGUGAUUGAGUAACAGUGAUCCGGCUGAGUGCACCGCUGCCUUUGGGUUACCUUCGAGGACAUGAGACUGCGACCACGGGAUGCCACCUUACUGCCGAAAGAACUCGAUCGUUCUCAGGACCCAGCUGUCCGUGAGGGUGCACACUAUCAUAGAAAAAUUGCUGAACAGCGAGGGCCGCGAGCUACGACGGGCUCUCUUCUCCCUCAAGCAGAUCUUUCAGGAGGACAAGGACCUGGUGCACGAGUUUGUGCAAAAUGACGGGCUUGCUUGCCUCAUCAAGGUUGGCAGCGAGGCCGACCAGAAUUACCAAAAUUACAUACUACGAGCUCUCGGUCAGGUGAUGCUGUACGUAGACGGAAUGAAUGGAGUGAUGGAACACGGUCAGACAGUUCAGUGGUUAUACACGUUAAUAGCCAGCCGCUUCCGAUUAGUGGUGAAGACUGCGCUGAAGCUGUUACUGGUAUUCGUCGAAUACGUGGAGACGAACAGUCUGCUGCUGGUCAGGGCCGUUAGAUCGGUCGAUACGUCCAGAGGCAUGAUACCCUGGACGAACGUGAUGAAGCUGCUGAAGGAUUACGACGCCGCCGACACGGAAUUACUGAUCUACGCGACGACAUUGGUCAACAAGUGUUUGAACGGUAUACCAGACCAGGACACUUAUUACGACCAGGUGGACUGUUUGGAGGAGCAGGGGAUCGAGGGUAUCAUCCAGAGGUACAUGUCGAAGCAAGGCACCGAUCUUGAUCUACUCAGGCAAUUCCAGAUCUACGAGGCCGUGCUGCAUCACGAGGACGGGAACGAUAGAGGCUCGCCUAUUCGUCAGCUGGACGAUAACAUCAGGAAGACGCUGCGGAACCGGAAGUCCCUCGUGGAUUCGCACGAACGGCGAAAAUCCCGGCGACACUCGACCGGCACGUCUCCUUUGUCGAUGUCCUUGAACGCGCGCCUAAGUCCGCGGCUCAACCACUCGUUGGGUCUAAGCUCCCUGAACAACACGUUAAACUCGAGUUUACCCGACGACGACGACGAGUCGAGCAGCUCCCAAAGUUCGCAGGGUCAUCUCGGCGAGGUUCAAUUGAAUGGCAGCUACAAAGAGAACAAAGUGGACGUUGGCGUGACACCGGCGUUAAGACGUCGAAGGGAACGAGCCGAGAGGCAGAGGAGCUUUAUCAGGGAGCAGCAAGAGGCCACGGCGAAUAUGCGAGCAUCCGUGGUGCCCUCGGACGACCAGGAAAGUCCCUAUGCGACGAACGGGCUGCGUUACACGAACGGCACCUCGUACGAAAGAAACGCGGACUCGCCGUCGAAUAAGUUGUCCAGGACGAACAGCAGGAAGGACUUGACGCCGUUGAUGAAUGCCGCGAACAAGCUCGACUCCGAAGAGAAGAAACCAUGGUACGGCAAGAGCCCGGACGAGGGUGUCGAGUGCGACGAGGGUAAUCACACCGACGAGGAUGAGGAUCGUCGAGUGGUUCUACAGCUGAAGAGGGAAGGAACCGUCAAGGAUCUCACGCAAAAGCUGGCCGCUCAAAAUCUUAUACCGAGCAGCCCAGUCGAGGAGAAGGUUUCCAGGAUAGGGGACAUGAGCGGUCUGAUCUCGAAGGCGAAGGAGGGUCUGGCCAAGUCGAAGUCAAAAGCGGACGUGCUGAAGUCCCCGACGGGAGACAGCCUGCCUAAGCUGCAGGAAGCGAAGAAAUCGGAGAACGAGCUACACUGGGAAGAGCUGGUGAAGAAGCUGAAGCGACCGCUGGCUUUGUGCGACCUGGACUUCACCGAUCUGAACUCCGACGACGAGGUGGACGUUCUUGGACCCGUGAACGUGACCAACGGGGUCCCACCGCCUCCGCCACCCAUGGUGCCUACUGUCGGUGGUGCACGGGCACCUCCGCCACCUCCUCUGGGUGCGAGGCUACCGCCACCCGUACCUCAGGCACCUCCACCGAUGUUCGGCGUGAAUCUCAAGUCGCCGAGGUCACCGACCGCAACGGACAGCAGCAACACGCCAAAGAGUCCACCGCCGGCCUUCACGAAGAAGAGCAAGAAGACGGUGAAGCUGUUCUGGAAGGAGGUCAGGGAUGAUCCUAUCAUACUGUCGAGGCUGGACAAAAACAAGAUGAUAUGGGACGAGCUGUCACCGGUACCUGUUGACACGCAGAAGCUCGAGCACCUGUUCGAGAGCCGCGCCAAGGAUCUCAUCACGAAGAAGCAGCAAGAGAUGAACAAGAACAAGGAGAUCAUCGUGUUGGACCAUAAGCGAUCGAACGCCAUCAAUAUCGGAAUGACCAAGUUGCCACCACCGAGGUCGAUUAAGACCGCGAUCUUGAAAAUGGACGCGACCAUCAUGAACAGAGAGGGUAUCGAGAAACUACUGACGAUGCUGCCAACCGAGGAAGAGAGGUCCAGGAUACAAGAGGCGCAGGCCGCCAAUCCUGACCUACCUUUGGGAUCGGCCGAGCAGUUUCUUCUAACUUUGGCCUCUAUCUCGGAGUUGCCAGCCAGGCUGAAACUUUGGGCGUUCAAACUGGACUUCGAGAAUUCGGAGAAGGAAAUUGCGGACCCUUUGAUGGAUCUGAAGCAGGGAAUGGAGACCCUGCGAGUGAAUAAAACGUUCCGCGGGAUUCUGAGCACGCUCCUUUCGAUCGGGAUAUUCCUCAACGGAAAUGAGGUGAAGGGCUUUCAGCUGGAAUACCUCGCCAAAGUACCUGAAGUGAAGGAUACGGUUCACAAGCACUCGCUGCUUCAUCACCUUUGCCACAUGGUGAUGGAGAAGUUUCCGGAUUCCACGGAUCUCUAUUCGGAGAUCGGCGCGGUGACGAGGGCUUCAAAGAUCGACUUCGACGAGCUUGCAGCGAACAUCGGGAAGCUGGAGAGCGAGUGCAAGGCAUCGUGGGAUCACCUGAAGCUCAUCGCGAAGCACGAUGGUUCCACGAUGAUGAAAGUCAAAAUGUCAGACUUCCUGGCGGACUGCGCGGAAAGGAUAAUCGUGCUGGGCAUCGUGCACAGGCGGAUCAUAAAUCGAUUCCACAAAUUCAUCCUAUGGCUGGGCAUCCCGCUGCACAGGGUGCAGGACACGAAGCCGAACGAGUUCUGCCGGAUCGUGUCCGAGUUCGCGCUCGAGUACAGAACCACCCGGGAGCGGGUGAUACAGCAGCUGGAGAAAAAAGCCAAUCACCGUGAAAGAAAUAAGACCAGGGGAAAGAUGAUCACAGAGGUUGGCAAGUUCAGGACCAAGGAGGAUCGCGCGGACGCGGAGCUCAGACAACUGCUCGGAAGCGAUAUCUCCGACGUCGAGAGCAUUCACGGUACCCUGCCAUGGCGGAGACAGAGGAAAGACGGGCGCACCUCGCUGGGCCCUUUGCUCCGCGACGAGAACACGAACGGGAACCUGACCGACGGCGACGACGAGUUGCUGGAAUCGCUGGUGAAGACGGCCACGAAGACACCAGCGACGAGGACGACGCCGCGGGAGCGCAAGAGGACCAGACACGCCGAUCUGCGUAGAACGCUGAAGAACGGCCUCUCGGAAGAGGAGAAGAAGCACAUCGCCGCCUACAUCAAGGGCUACUGACUGUGAUAAAACUCGAACCUUGUAGCUCGUCCACGAGAAGAGAGGAAAGGAUAACAAGCACGAUCAUCGGAUCUUCGAUCGGACGUCGAUAACACGGCCAGGACAUUGCGAUUUUCACGGGGAAGAAGCAAACCCUCCCAGAGGGAAAUCGCGAACAUACACCAAGGUUAUACGUUAAAAGAAUUAUAUAUACAUAUACAUAUAUAUAUAUAGAUAUAUAUACAGGCAUAUAUAUAUAUUUCGAUCGAACUUCCUGUAUGCUGGCAGGAAGAUAUCGUUUUUAUCAAAUUCGUCGUCGAAGACGAAACUCGAGGCCUUCCAUUCUAUUUUUCGACCUUAUCUGUCAUUCGUGCUUUUCUCGCAGAAAACAGGGUACAGUUAUGUAAAAUUCGUGUACCUAAAUCGUUGAACUUAUGGAUGACUCGAGUUGCAUUUCGAGUAUUUCACCUUAUUCGAAGGUAUGAUCCUUCUUUUAUGACUAGUUAAAUCCAUGGAUAACCAGAUGCCUGGAAUUCCUCUGUUCGAGAGGAAAGAAAUUCUAUUCGACACACUUGCGUGAAUAGUAUACCUCUAAAUUGUUAUACGAUCCUAUUCGAAGAUAUGAUCCAAGUAUCUUCCACUUUCAUGGAUAAUUUUAACAUUAAAUCUACCACGAAUGGAAGAAUAACCGAUCCAAUAAUUGGAGCUCUGUCAGUUACUUACCUCGAGAAAAAUGAAAUUGAAUAUGGUAUAAUUACCUGAAUCGUAUACUUCUACCUUCUUGAAUUUAGAAACCAAGUGAUAAAAGCAUCUUCUCUUCUCGAGGUUAAUAAGACAAAAGGAGGUAGAUAUUGGAAUAUUUAUUAUAUAAAUAUUUAUUAUGAGAAAAUUCGAAUGCAGAAUUUGUAAUGAAAAAUUGGGAAACAGUCGUCCAAGCUAUGGUAGAUUUAAUGUUAACUGAUAACCUGUAAUACGUACCUAAACAUAGUAUAUACGGACGAUAUUAAUCAAAGAUAUAUAAAAUUAUAUAUAUUUUCGAUAACUGAUACCAGUCUUCCGACUGAUUAGAUACCUCUGAAUACCAAUCAACUGAAACUGCUCAGGUCAAUUCGAGUAUUCCACUCUAUCGAAUCACGUCGUAAAAUGAUGAUAAUAAAACAGCGAGAGCGAGUCCCCUGUAAGCCGACGAUUUAGGGUCAUCUCGAGAGCGAAUAAUCGAAUCCACCAUACUUCGUUUCGCCUCCUUUCAAGGAUACGAGUAUUUAAUCCAUAACUCUCGUGGAAAGUCCGCAGGGGUACUUUCGACCAGCUGUACACACGCGGAACUUUCGCGAAACGAAGUUGGAAUCUUUUCAUCGUCGAUAAGGAACUCUCCAUGAUUCCGAUACCAAUCUUAUCGACCCCGUAUAAACCGAGACUAACCUAAAAAUCGAGUAGCCUCUCCCUCUCGUCGUACGAGCAUUUAUACCCUCGAUAAACCCACGUGAAACGACGCGAAACUCCAACCAGAAAGCACGACCUUCCUUCAUACCUCAUCAAACUGAUCGAUACGAUACCCCCGAAUGGAAUAAUCACCCAGGUCUCAACCAAACCCGGACCCGACUCGCACUCCCAGUCCAAACCUAGCUGCUCGAAGACGUGUAUCGAAAUUGGAGAAAUGUUUUAUGCAUUCGUCUCCUCGCCGUCUGCAGAAAUGACCGUCAGAGGUGGGAGGAGAUGGAAAGAGGUUAGGAUGAUCAGUCAAGCGACUUAUUCGCAGGAUCUUGCCGGCUAGGAUCGCGCUGGCAGCUCGCGAGCUGAAGGACGCCGAGCUUACGGGUCAGCGUUCCUCGAAUGCGACAACUUCCCAACUUAUAUCCUCUCCAUCUUGCAGAAAAAAGGGCUCGACGCGAAAGAGCAGAUAGACGCGAAGAGGGGUGGAAAGUUUCGCAGAUGCAUCUUCCGCGGUGACAGUUUCUCGGGAAUAAAUGCUCGUAUGCAAAGAGGGUGGAGCAUUUCUCAAAGCAAUUCGCUCUUGCAACAUGCAUGGGACGAGGGAUUAUUGAAAUACCCGCUGAGAAGCUUCUGCGUUUCAGCAGACGCUCGAAAGUUCGAACGACAGGGAUGAAAAAUCGGGCAAUCUUAUCGGGAGCGCGCGCCCCGGAACGACUUCUGAUCCGUCGAUGAACAACUUGCGAGCCCUGUCUUAAGGUUUAAGAAAGUAUCGAACGAGAUAGGACGAGUCACUCGAUGAUACGGAAUGGUAUUCUUUCGUACGUAUUUUUUCUUCCUUUUUUUUUUUUUUUUCCCCCUCUUUUUUUCGACGAUGAGGAACGAUGGGAUAGACGAGGUUAACGCGCGAGCUUUGCGCGGACAGACGAUUUCUGUGGAUGUCGUGGGUAGUAAAUUUCGGAUAUCUAGGCGACGAGAAUUUGUAAACGGUGUGAUUUGCUCGGCGGGAGGAGAAACUUAAUUAAUUUAAUCAUCACCUUAUUAUCGCGCCGCGCGGCGUCGCGCGUGCGCAGUUACUGUAAUUUUCUGCGGAAAUGAUUCUUGAAAUAAAAUUGAGA